AUUAUGGAGGAGAGGGGAGGGAGACACAUCAAAGCAUAUGCAUAGUCCCUCCUAAUGGCAUCAACGUUGUUACUCGCUUCCUUUGCCGUUUUCUUGACGUUAACGUUAACGUUACCAUCUCCGUCAACUUCUACGGAAGUCUCUCGACUCGACGUCCUCGGAUGGGUUUGCAACAACGGCUCCGUCCCGGACCAGGAGGCUUACCGGAGAUCUUAUCAGAUCAAUAUCGACAAGACCAGAGAUGACAUGAGGAAACUCAAGUUCGGGACACACGAAGACGGUGUUCCUCCUCAGAAGAUGUACUUCUUGUCGCAAUGCGUUAGCGAUCUCUCGCCUGAUGAAUGUAGUCUCUGUUGGUCACGCGCCACCGAUCUCCUCUUUAAUUGUUUUCCUUCCCCCGGUGGUCGGUUUUACCUCGACGGUUGUUUCGUUAGGGCUGAUAAUUACAGCUUCUAUCGCGAGCCUGUUACACGUCAAGACUCCAAGAUAUGUGGUGGUGAUGAGUCGUCGUCGUCUAGAGAAUUCAAAGGCUUAGUAAAGGAAGUAACCAAGUCCAUUGUUGACACGGCUCCAUAUAGUCAAGGCUUCUCGGUGGUGGCUAGGAAGAGCGUACACGGUUUAACUGCUUACGGAUUAGGAAUAUGCCGGCAAACGCUAGACGAAGAGUUGUGUCAACUGUGCUUAGCAGAUGGAGCUUUAUCGGCAACUAGCUGCUCACCAGCCACAGAAGCCUUUGUCAUGAAUGCAGGAUGCUACUUGCGUUACUCUAACUAUACCUUUUAUAACGAGCGUGAAUUGCUUUCUAUGAGUUUAACGAAAGAACAUGUUCUGCGUAUACUGGUGAUUUCUAUGGUGUGUGUCUUGGCUAUUGCAUCUGGAUUUUGGUGUGGAAAGUGCAUUUAUUUGGGAGCUAGUUCAAAGAAGAAGCUUAAAGAGAAGGAGUCAAAGUCUGUAUCUAAUAACUCAAACUUGAUGUGCUUUAAGUAUUCAACUCUUGAGAAAGCAACCAACAACUUCAAUGAGAGUUGCAAGCUUGGUGUUGGAGGAUAUGGUGAAGUCUUCAAGGGAACUCUGUCUGAUGGCAGAGAGAUCGCUAUAAAACGUUUGCAUAUAUCAGGAAAUAAGACACGAGAAGAGAUUCAUAAUGAAAUAGAUGUGAUUAGCAGAUGCCAACACAAGAACUUGGUCAGGCUUAUAGGUUGCUGCUUCACUAACAUGAAUAGUUUCAUUAUCUAUGAGUUCCUCGCUAAUUCAAGCCUUGAUCACAUCUUGUUUAACCCGGAGAAGAAGAAAGAGCUAGAGUGGAAGAAGAGACGGGCAAUAAUCUUGGGAACAGCAGAAGGGUUGGAGUAUCUUCAUGAAGCUUGUAAGAUCAUUCACAGAGAUAUUAAAGCAAGCAACAUACUCUUAGACUUAAAGUACAAACCGAAAAUCUCAGAUUUUGGUUUAGCAAAGUUCUAUCCAGAAGGUGGCAAAGACAUCCCUUCGUCCUCUCCCUCUCCCUCUCCUUCUCCCAUUGCUGGCACACUAGGAUACAUGGCUCCUGAAUACAUUAGUAAGGGAAUACUAAGCAACAAAAUCGACGCUUAUAGCUUUGGAGUCCUUGUUCUUGAAAUAACCAGCGGGUUUAGAAACAAUAAGUUCCGGUCUGAUAACUCCCUUGAAACCUUAGUUACUCAAGUGAGUCUCUUCAUUCUUUCAGAUCAGUCUUUAACUCAAUAUAGCUAUACCCAUUUCUCAAAUAACUUUGUUGAACAGGUUUGGAAAUGUUAUGCUUCAGACAAGAUGGAGGAGAUGAUAGACAAAGAUAUGGAAGAAGAGACAGAUAAGACAGAAGUGAAGAGAGUGAUGCAGAUCGGUUUGUUAUGCACACAAGAGUCUCCACAGCUUCGCCCAACAAUGUCUAAGGUUAUAGAAAUGAUUAAUUCUACGGAUCUUGUAUUGCCCACUCCUACUAAACCGCCUUUCCUUCAUGAUUCUAUGUAGAAAAUCAUAUUCAUACCUUUUGUAUAAAUCCUCCACUCUUCUUAUAACAACACAUCACAAAAAGUAUAUUUCGUUUCAUAUAUGUUAUUUAUCUUGUUCUCCUAGUUAGCCUAGGCCCAGUUUGAAUUAAACAUAAACAUAAACAACAACAGUUUAAGCAACAAGAAGAAGGAAAUAGUUGGGAAAGAAGAACCGAUAGAGUUGAACUAAGAGCAUGAUUAUCGCUCGUAUCUAAGACCCAUUUCUUCUUAUUUUGGGUCGAAAAAUUAAUCAAAAAUAGCUGUAAAUAUAACAAACGGGCCGGAGAACUUCUUAAUUAAGAAAUUUAUUUCUCCGUCCUUAAGGGGCAGGUGGCAGCAAAUGAAUGGAUGUAGGGUUAGAGGAAGAAAAACUCGUGUUUGCUGUUUUCAUUUUCGACAUCUUCUUCUUGUUUGGAGCUCGUCGGCGAUUCAAUCGCCAUAGCUGUAAUCCGUCAAAAUCGAAACCGCCUCCCUGCAUGUUCUCUGUGUAACUCCUCUCGAAACCGUAUCACCCCAUCUCCAACCGUCUCUCUCCAUCUCCUCUGUCGAAAUCCCCUCGGGGAAAUCGAAACCGUGUCACCCCAUCUCGGCGAAAUCGAAACCAUCUCACUCCAUCUCCUCUCCGAGCAUAGGCCAAAACGAGGUACGUGUUCCUCCUCUGUAGUUUAAUUCAAGAAUUUGGUUGGGAUUAUACGAUUCAGUAUGUGCUUGUAUGGCUAGUGUUGAAUUAAUUUGUUUGUGAUAAAAGUAUACUGAUGAACUAUGCGAUGAUCGAAUUCCUUAAAUAGUCUAGUGUUGAAUUAAUUUGUUUUUGAAAAAUUUGCGAUGAUUCUCUUUGUUUGAAUUUUUUUUCGAAUCUCGGUUGCUAUAUGAUACUAUAGAUUAUGUGAAUCUCAUCUGCUAUCUGAAUCUCCUCGUUUGUUACAUUGUUAAGUCUUCCUAUUUUUUAUCUGAAUCUCGUCUGCUAUUGCUAUCAAAAUAGAUUGGUAGAUUGACUAUUGUUUUAAAUGUUAGCUCUGCUUUUGUACCAUUUCACUGUGGUGGUUAAUGCUUGCCAACUGUUGUUUAGUUUGAAACCAAAUUCAGAUUUACAUUUAAUUGAACUGGAAUCUGUUUGUAACCAAGUUUGCUUGAUCUUGAACGAAGGGUGAUAAUUCAUUUGCUUGAGAAGUGUAGGUAAUGCUUGCGAAGUGUAGUUUGUUUGUAACCAAGACUUCGUAUUGUUUGCUCUUAGUUUAGUGUAGGUAGUUUGAAAGUUCAAACGAAAUCCCGUUUUGAUUUAAUGAGCCUAUAGAAUUGAAAGCUUUGUAGUAGUAAAGUGUAAUAACUUUUGAUUAGACAUUGGUAGUUUAUGGUUAGUCUUUAGUAUUGGAACUUAUUACACUUAAAGUUUCACCUAUUUAAAGAAACUCAUCCUCCUUUAUAUCAUAUACUCUCCAUCAUCUUCUUUCUCUCUUCUGUUUUCAAACGAGUAACCAUUCCGGCUUCUCUUCAUUACUCUCUUCUCUGUUCUUGUAUUUAUCGAUUCGAUGCAUCCAUAUAAUAAUUCCCCUAGCUAUGUAGGACUUCUCAACAGUCAAAAUGAGAGACAGGGAAACUUUCCUUAUGAGAGUUUUCCUUCUACUAUGAACAUUGGAGGCUCAGAUAUCCCUCCCUUUAGUUCACAACAGUCUGAGGCUCCAAGUCCCCAAGAAGACACACCAGCCCAACGUAGGGAGAGAAAAAAAUGGAGCCCUGCCGAUGACGAGGUUCUAAUAAGUGCAUGGUUAAAUACUUCUAAGGAUACUAUAGUUGGUAAUGACCAAAAGGGAGGGACUUUCUGGGAGCGCGUUGGAGAAUACUUUGCCGAAUCUCCGCAUGCUAAAGCGAGUGGUGACAGGAGGAUGCAUCUCAACUGUAAGCAAAGGUGGCACAAGAUCAAUGAUCUCACAAACAAAUUUUGUGGGGCCUUUGCAGCUGCCGAGAGACAACAGAGUAGUGGUCAGGGUGAGAAUGAUGUACUCAAGGCCGCUCAUGAUAUUUUCUACAGUGAUUACAAAAUCAAAUUUAACCUUGAGCACGCAUGGUGUGUGUUGAGGUAUGAACAGAAAUGGCUCAACCUCAACACUCCCAAGGCUACUGGCCCUGCAAAGAGGAAAACUGGUGACGAUUCCGCACAAUCUUCAAGUGUCAAUGUCGAUGAUCAUCAGAUACGGCCUGAAGGGAUCAAGGCUGCAAAAGCAAGAAGGAAUAAUGGUUCAGGGAAGGCUCUCGUUGAUUAUAAGACCGUUUGGGAGAUCAAGAAGGAUGAUUUGGCUAUGAAGGAAAAACUGUCAAGGCUGGCUAUUCUAGACACUCUCCUUGUGAAAAAAGAACCCCUAACUGAGACUGAAGAUGUUGUCAAGAACAAACUACUCCUCCAGUAUUUCUGAGAAUGAUGUGUUCCAAUAAUGUGUUCUAUGGUUUUAUCUGUUGCUUUGUUUGUAUGUUCAAUAUGUUUAUGCUCGUUGCUUCAUGUUUCUGGUAGUUGCUUCAUGUCUGUUGCUUACUUAAUUUGUAUGUUGACUCUGUUCCCUUCUAAUAUUUAUGAAAAAGUUUCACUUGUGGUUCAAAUAAUUUUUUUAAAUGGUCAAUCUGUUGCUUACUAAUUCUCUUAAUUUACUAAUUCUCUUAAUUUUGACUAUGUUCCCUUCAGUGUGUAUAAUUUACUAAUUCUCUUAAUUUUUUUUUGCAGGUUAAGUAACAAUGGGACUUGAUUACAGUUAUAGUCAGCCAUCACAAUCAGAUACGUUUGGUGGGCACACAGUAUCCAGUGGCUACGACGAGACAGCCGAUCUUAUUCGCCGGGAUCAAGAAGAAAUAAGAGAGAACUUUGCUGAGCAGGUUCAUUACCCGCCUCAACCUGAGGUGGAGUUUGGAAUCCCGCAGAUAUGUUACUGUGGGCGUCAACCCCUUCUCGCAAGCUCUCCUUCUCGAGUUCAUCCAGGUAGACUAUACUACACCUGCGCAAAUGUUGAUGAUGGUGACUGCCACGUUUGGAAGUGGUGGGAUGUCGCCGUUAUGGAAGAGAUGAAAGCAAGGGAUUUACACACCCUCCAACUGGCUGAAAAGGUAGAUUCUCUUACCCUUAUGGGUGACUAUGUGACUGAGCAGAAGGUGGCUAAACUAGAGGAGAUGGUUUCUAAGCUAAGUAACAAGAAUCCAGUGUUCACCAAUCGGUUUGAAAUGGUAGUUGCUUUCAUUGUUGUUUUACUCGUAAUAUGGAUGAUGGUCAUGUUUAUGUAGACUGCUUAUGUAUUUUAGCUGUAAUGGUCGGGUUGUUGCUUUGCGGUUUGUAAUAAGGACUUAUGUAUUAGGGACCAAAAUCAUUUGGAUUUGGUGUUGUAUUAAACUUUUCUCAUGA